AUGACGUACAGAGGGUAUAGCGGAGAUAAAAGAGGGUUUCGAGGGCCUUCCCGAGUUGACAGGGGCAGCAGAUAUCCCACUAGGACAAGACGUGAGCCACAAAGGUAUGAGCCGAUGGCUGAGCUUCCUUCUGUUGAGUUCCAGAAGAACUUCUAUAAAGAGGCCGAAUCUAUCAGUAAAAUGAAUGCUUCCGAGGUUGCUUCGUUUAGAAAGGCAAGCGAGAUGGUUGUCAAGGGAAUGAAUAUCCCCCACCCGAUUCACAAGUUUGAAGAUGUAGGGUUUCCUCAUAGGGUUGUUGAGGAUCUUGUUAGAAAAGGAUUUGAAGGCCCUACUCCCAUUCAGGCCCAAGGAUGGCCGAUGGCACUAAGUGGAAGGGAUAUGGUUGGAAUUGCUCAAACGGGGUCCGGGAAGACUCUAAGUUUUAUUCUACCAGCACUGGUUCAUGCAAAAGAUCAGCCUCCUCUUAGGAGGGGGGAUGGGCCGAUUGUACUUGUACUGGCACCGACUAGAGAGCUUGUGAUGCAGAUUAAGAAAGUUGCCGAUGAGUUCUGUGAAAUGUUUGAUCUAAGGAGCACAGCUGUGUAUGGAGGGGCUUCAUCACAGCCACAAAUAAGAGCCCUGCAUGAAGGUGCAGAGGUGGUUAUUGCUACACCCGGGAGACUGAUUGAUCUACAUGAGCAGGGACAUGCACCACUUGGAAGGGUUACAUUUCUUGUGCUUGAUGAAGCUGAUAGAAUGCUUGAUAUGGGCUUUGAGCCACAGCUUAGAAAGAUUAUUCCAAAGACAAAUCCAAACAGACAAACUCUAAUGUGGAGUGCAACAUGGCCAAAAGAAGUAAGAGGAUUAGCCGAAAGUUAUAUGAAUGAUUACAUCCAAGUGGUUAUUGGGAAUGAAGAGCUUAAGACUAAUAGCAAGAUCAAGCAAGUGAUUGAGGUAUGUAAUGGACGGGACAAAGAAGACAAGCUACUUGGGGUCCUUGACAAGUUCAAAGGGGAUAGGAUUAUUGUGUUCUGCAACAUGAAGAGAACUUGUGAUGAUCUGGAGUAUGUGCUGAACAGGUCUGGGUAUGGAGCAGCAGCUUUGCAUGGAGACAAGUCACAGAACAUUAGGGAUAAGGUGCUUGAUGAUUUCCGAAGUGGAAGAAGACCGAUUCUGAUAGCUACCGAAGUUGCAGGAAGAGGACUUGAUGUAAACGAUAUCAAGCUUGUGAUCAACUUUGAUUUUCCAGGGUCUUGUGAAGACUAUGUCCAUAGGAUCGGAAGGACGGCAAGAGGGAAUACAAAGGAAGGGAUAUCACAUACAUUCUUUACCAUUAAUGACAAGGGAAAUGCACGAGAAUUGAUAAGGAUGCUUAAAGAAGCCAAGCAAGUGGUUCCCUCCGAUCUUGAAGACAUGGUGCGGGCAUCAAACGAUAGAUAUGGGUCCAGGGGCUCCAGAUAUGACUACAGAGGAAGAGCUAGUAGAUUCUCUUACAGAGGAUGA